AUGGGUCGCAACUCCCUUCUUCUACUCCAAUCAAGAUACUGGAAAUGCACCCUCGUCGAGAUCGCCCCCUCGAGCGCCGGCGCUCUCGCCGCUCUUAAGAGGGCCCGCGAGGAGAAGGUCAAGGAGUUCAACGCCUUCAUAUCCAUUGCUGAAAAGCUGCUGCGCGCCAUUGAGGACGUCGGGAGAAAUCUCGAUGGCACUCUGGAAAAGAAGGUUGGGAAGCCCAUCAUCGCCAGGCUUCACUCCUUCCUCAUCCAGUCUACGAUGGCCUAG